GAGGAGUAGCUCCUAUUCUCCUGUCUGCGUUAUCUGGAGAACAAUGCAAACAAUCCACAGAUUAUCACCUGAGGGCACCUUUGACUGCAGGUAGCAGGGUUAGUGUGCCUCUCUCUCUAUCUCUCUGUGUGUGUUGCGUCGUGACACUUCUCCAUUAUCGUCCCUCUACGACAACGUACCUGGAGGGGAAGGAAAAAAACUCCUGUCCAAUUGUGCCUGAGCUGGGUGUGACCCUUUAAAGAAUGUCAAACAAAGACAGGGAGAGGGAGAGAGAGCCUGCCUACUGAAUGGAGGGACUGUCACGCCUGUUUGUUUCCCACAGUCAACAUUACAUCAACAGCUCUAGUGAGGACAGGACCUACCUUACCUGGUUUCCCUACUGAGGGUGAGGACAGGACCUACCUUACCUGGUUUCCCUACUGAGGGUGAGGACAGGACCUACCUUACCUGGUUUCCCUACUGAGAGUGAGGACAGGACCUACCUUACCUGGUUUCCCUACUGAGGGAUGAUUGACACCCUAUAUGAGUGGAUCUGGUGGGACCGCUUCUGGCUGCCAGUCAACCUGACCUGGGCGGACCUAGAGGACAGAGAUGGGCGUGUCUACGCCAAAGCCUCUGACCUCUAUGUGACGUUGCCUUACGCCAUAGGCUUCCUACUGGUCAGAUACCUGUUCGAAAGAAUUCCUACUCAUCAGAUACCAGUUUGAAAGGAGAGCUCGCUGAACAAAAAAAGCCCCUUUUAUAGGUUGCUACAGGGAAGUAGAUGUUAAGUUACAAUUUAGCCUGCUUUGCUACUGUGUUUGUGCGUGUGUGCAUCUGUGUGUUUAUUCAAGUUAAUUUAGUUGUAGGCAAUGAUUCUCGUUUGCCGUGUAGUUAAUCUCACCUGUGGUAACUUGCAUAUGCCUACAAGGUAAAAAUUCUACCAGUUUUGAAAAUGAAAAAAUCUGAACAUUCUGCCCCAUUGUAAAGUCCAAUAUAUUUAACUGUGUCUGUAUGUUGUCCCCCAGGUUGAUAGCCACACCACUAGCAGCCUCAGUGGGGAUCCGGGAGAAGGCCAGACUGAGAGUACCAGACAACCCCAUCCUCGAACUCUACUAUCUCUCUCACUCCAGAAACCCUGGCCAGGCAGUUAUAGAUGGUCUGUCUAAGAAGAGCGGCUGGUGCGUUAGGCAGGUGGAGCGCUGGUUCAGAAAGAGAAGAAACCAGGAUCGUCCCGGAGUACUGAAGAAGUUCAGAGAGGCUAGUUGGAGGUUUGUGUUCUAUCUGUUGGCGUUAAUUGGAGGAGUUGUGUCCCUGUAUGAUAAAGAAUGGUUUUAUGAUACGUGGGAAGUGUGGAAUGGAUUUCCAAAACAGACUAUGCUGGAUUCUCAGUACUGGUACUACAUCCUGGAGAUGAGCUUCUAUGGUUCGCUUCUCUUCAGAGUCACUUUUGAUGUCAAGAGGAAGGACUUUAAGGAACAGAUCAUCCACCAUUUGGCCACCCUGACGCUGCUGUCCUUCUCUUGGUGUGUCAACUACAUCCGUAUAGGAACACUGGUGAUGCUCAUCCACGAUGCCUCCGACGUCCUGCUAGAGUCUGCCAAGUUGUUUAACUAUGCCAAAUGGGAGAGAACCUGCAACAGUCUCUUUGUGGUGUUUGCCAUUGUGUUCAUGGUAACCCGACUGAUCAUCUUCCCAUUCUGGCUGAUCCACUGUACGUGGGUGUACCCCACACUCCAGUACCCCCCGUUCUUUGGUUACUACUUCUUCAACGUCAUGCUGGUGGUCCUCCUGUUCCUGCACAUCUUCUGGGCCUACCUCAUCCUGCGCAUGGUCAAGAAGUUCCUCUUCGGCAAAAUGACCAGAGAUGAAAGAAGUGAUGAUGAGGAGGAUGGUGACGAAAGCAGUCUGACUGAAGAGGAAAAAGAGGAGGGCAGUUAUCGUUACGGCAACGGUUCUGGACUGGGCACAAAGGAGGGCAACAACGGCUGCUUCAGACACUUAUCUCUCUCGGAGAACGUCUGCCCAUCAAAAACCGUCUACUGACCAAGCUCGUGUCGUGAUUGGCAGAGCCCUGCACCAGAGGCAGGGAGUGGUGGGAUCGAGGUCAUAGGAGAAGCUGGAACAACACAAAACAGAUUCCAUCCCAUAUGGAAAAACAACAGCAAGCAGACAAACAUUUAGAUUAAGAUUUAUGACUCUAGAAUUUGGAAUGUAGCCUGGCAAAAAAUAAUACUUCACACACAGAAAGAGAGCGUUUUUCUUGGCCUGUAGUUUCUUCCACGUCCAAACUCCUCUCAUCUUCAAGGAAAACAAUGUUGAUGAUGGCACAGUUUCACAUGGAACCCUCCUCAGACAGCAAUGAGACAAAGACCAGAUAACCAAACCAAAAAACACUAAAAUCCUUGUGUUUUUGUUCAUCAUCAUAUUUAAUCAGUUCAGUAUUGUUGCAGAAAAACGGUGCCACACGGACGCUUCACCUGAGCCCUUCAUCCAUCAAGGCCUGGCAAGGGUUUAUAGUUUAUGGGCUGUGUUCAUUCACUAGCGGUCUACAUGGUUUAUUUCAACCUCUGCUGGCUAUGGGGGUUAGUUAUGGACAACCAGGAGAUGAAUGAGAGGCAAUAUCACAAUGGACUCCUCCAGAUGAUAUUGACCGCGUGUUUUGGAGAGAGAGAGAGAGGGGGGGGGGGGGGG